AUGAGUAAAUCUCCCUCUUGCUGUGUUUACCACAAGCAUUGUGGUCUUCAUAUCGACUCUCUGCAAAUUUCGAUUGUCCCUGAUCGGAGGGUCUAUUUCAGGUCACGGAAUGUCAUUGCAGGUCUCUUCUCCGAAGGCGCAAUGGAAUGGGCAAUAAAGAAGAAGGAAACUGAGCCCACGCUGAAGAUGAUGACAGAGAAAGCGAUUAAGAUUAUGCAAAGCGACCGAAAAGGGUUCUUUCUAAUGGUCGAAGGGGGUCUUAUAGAUGUGGGCCAGCAUCGUAACUCUAUGCACAAGACAUUUGCUGAAAUGGAGGCAUUUGAAGAUGCCAUCAGACAGGCACGCGAAAUGACUGAUCCUAGCGAGACUCUGAUACUUGUGACAGCGGAUCAUGCGCAUGCACUCACAAUCACUGGAUAUGCUUUUUUGAAUGAAAGUAUUUUUGGUGAGUUUCUUUCCAAAGUAGUUUCUUACUGA